AUGAGCACAUCUGCCUGGAGCUUCCUCAGCAGACCAUCUACUCUAACACACAGACCGUUUUCGUGAAGAUCUUGUGAACAUCAUGGCUCUUCCAUCCCACCUGCCCUGGCCCUGGGGAUCCCAGCGUGCCCGUAUUGCUUUUGCCUUCUCAAACGCACUGGAGGUUUCCCCACCCGAGUGUGAACCUUUACCUGGUGUGACGCCAAGAGGACAGAUGCCACAAACUCUCUCGGUACAGAGUCUUGAUAUGCACAUAACAGACAACAAGCGUGCCCACAACACCAGCAUGUACAAGAACUCCAGCCUAAUUGUGCGCAGGAAUAAAGAAUUCCUCAUCGACAUCGUGUUUGACCGACCCUUCAAUGAGACGCAGGACACCGUGCAACUGGAGUUCAUGAUUGGCAGUGUACCUGAUGAAAACAAGGGCACCUACAUCACUGUGUCCUUCGGAAGUAUGAUGAGUGACGGGAGCUGGAAGGGUCGCCUGUUGGAAACACAAGGCAAUACUAUCAAAGUGGGAAUAACACCCGAUGCCCAAUGCAUCAUUGGCCGCUUCUCCACGUUUGCGGUAGUUGUGAGUGAAUUAGGAAAAAGGCGCACUGAGAGGAACCCUGCCACAGAUUUCUAUGUGCUGUUCAAUCCUUGGGACCCUUCGGAUCAGGUGUACCUGCCCGAUGAAGCUGAAAGACAGGAGUAUGUGAUGAACGAUGUGGGCACCAUUUACAAUGGAGAAUUAAGUGACAUGACCUCCCGUUCAUGGAACUUUGGCCAGUUUGAAGAGGGGGUUCUGGAUGCCUGUCUUUUCGUAAUGGAUGCUGGGAAAGUGCCACUAAUGUAUCGUGGGAAUGCCACUGAAGUAGCUCGGCAAGCAUCAGCUCUGAUGAAUUCCAUAGAUGACGAUGGUGUCCUGGCUGGAAACUGGAGUGGUGAUUACUCCAGUGGCACAGCACCCACCGCCUGGACUGGAAGUCCUGAAAUCCUGCUCAAAUAUGCCAGUCAGGGGGGUACGCCUGUGUGUUUUGCUCAGUGCUGGGUGUUUGCAGGCACGCUCAACACUUUUUUCCGCGCCCUCGGGAUGCCUUCACGGGUCAUCACCAACUACUGCUCUGCUCACGACAAUGGAGGGAACAUAAAGGCAAACAUUAUGCUGAAUCCAGAUGGGAGUGUGAACAGAAAAAAGACAAGAGAUUCAAUCUGGAACUACCACUGCUGGAAUGAGGUGUUCAUAAAGAGGUUUGAUCUGUCUGACCAAUACUCUGGCUGGCAGGUGGCUGACAGCACCCCUCAGGAGACCAGUGAUGGUCUCUAUCGAUGUGGCCCGACUUCUGUCACUUCCAUCAAAGAGGGAGAUCUCAGCUACUCGUUUGAUUCAAGAUUUGUCUUCGCAGAGGUGAACAGUGAUGUGGUUUUCCAUCAGUUUGAUAAGUAUGGAAACUCAAAGAUUGUCCACGUGGACACCACAUAUGUGGGACAGCUCAUUGUCACCAAAAGCGCCAACACUGACGGCUAUGAUGACAUCACUUUAAACUAUAAAUAUCCAAAAGGCAGUGCUGAUGACAAACGUGCCAUGCACAUGGCCGAGCGGCGGGGCAUUCCUAAGAGGAAAUACUCGCCUCUCCCUGAAGCAGGAGUGCAAAUCGAGAUCAAGGCUGAAACUAUCAAAAUUGGGGACAACUUCACGCUGACGAUGAACAUAAAGAACCAGACCAGCCAAACCUGCACCGUCAGUCUCACUGUCACUGGCUGCGCGGUGUACUACACAGGUCUCACCAGCUCAACUUUCAAGCUUGAGAACUACAGUCCAACUGUGGACCCCUGGAAAACUACAAGCGUGACGAUGCAAGUCCAAGCUGCAGACUACAUGUCCUUCCUUGUGGAACAAUCCAACCUGCUUUUUGUGGUGCAUGGGCAUGUUAACGAAACUGGCAAGUCCCUUUCAGCAAUGAGAGUUAUCAAUCUCCGUCCUCCUGAACUCAAGAUGCAGGUGACUGGAGUGCCCCAGGUUGGCAGGGAUCUCAUGGUCACCGUGUCAUUCCAAAAUCCCUAUAACAUCACGCUGAAAAAUGUUCAGCUUCGUCUUGAUGGAGCUGGUCUUACAACAACCAAAGUCAAAUCAUAUGACACUGUUGCACCUGGUGGCUCAGUGAAAUAUAAAGACACCAUCACCCCUUCUUCUCCAGGGAAGAAGGUGCUGAUAGGCUGUCUGGACUGCAUCCCACUGAGUCAGAUCACCAAUCAGCUGGAAAUCAACGUGCUUAACUGAUUCCCACAAGAGAACCGGAGAGAAAAGAUAGAGCAGAAAGAGAGGAAGGACCGAAAGGGCUUUCAGUACCAUUUAUUGUGUUGCUUUGCUUUCUUAACCAAUUCUGUUGAAGCCAAUGUUCAUGUUUUUACUUGAAUAACUAUACCUGCUAACUCUGGACUGUUAAAAAUAGAUUGUUUCAAAAUUUCCAUUGGACCUGUUCAAUUUAAAGACUUAAACAUGUCUGAAACAUUUAGUCAAGAGUAUUAAAGGGCACCUAUUAUACAAAAAUCACUUUUUUAAGGGGUUUAAACGCAGUAGUGUGGCAACAGUUGAUGAAUAUAACCAGCUUCUAAUGAUAAAUAUGUAUCAAUUGUAUUUUUUAUAAUCAGAUUGAUGAAAGCAGAUACACUUUGAUAGACAUUUUACAUUGUACGUGUCAUCAGAGAAGGAAAGCCCCGCCCAUUAUCUUCCACAUUAGCUUAGUAAGUCAGUGUUGUUUUUGAAUCUGCCAAUAUGCUGACACACAGGCAUUUGUAGCUCCGCCCUCUUUUGAAAAGAGCACAAUCUUAUUUGAAUUUAAAGCGACAGUCACCAAAAAGCCACAAUUAGGAUCAAAGUCUAAAAGGUCAGUUUCAAAGAGUUAUAAAAUAUUAUCUGUGUGAUAUUUUGAGCUCAAACUUCAUAUAUAUAUAUAUAUAUAUAUAUAUAUAUAUAUAUAUAUAUAUAUAUAUAUAUAUAUAUAUAUAUAUAUACUCUGGGGACAUCAGAGACUCAUUUUACAUCUUGUGAAAAGUGGCAUAAUACGUCCCCUUUAAGAAAUUAGAAUAAGUAAAUUCUAGGUCUCAUUAUAUGUGUAUGCCUAUAAUGUUCAAACAGGUUUCUUAUCUUGUCAUAUUAUUUUUGGAAGCUGCUUAAAUCAUGAAAUGAAGCAAAGAAGCGCAAGUUUAAGAAUUUGAGGGGUCCAAUUUGGUCAUUUCUAAUUUUGGGGGUGGGAUGGUAUCACUAUAGCAUACAAACAAACAACCAACCAACCAACCAAACAAACAAACAAACAAACAAACAAACA